AUGAAUGUUGAAAACCAAACAACUAAAAUAUAUAAUGAAUUGGUUGAUGCUUUUGUAAAUAGCCAAGAGGCACUCAUUAAGGAAAUAGAAAAUGAUGGCACAUCUACUGACGAGUCUGAAAACAUCAAAAACAGCAAGUCCAACGAGGAACUUCGAGAGAUGGGACUGAAGCUAGAUCAUGAAUUGAAAAAUGCUUACACUAAAAUAUUGAAUAUUAAGGAUAUGCUAGAUACCACUCUAUCUCAAGCAACUAACCUAAAGGCAAAUGAGACCAAAGCAUAUCAACAAUUACAAGCAAUUUCUGUUCAGCUGGGUACCCUCGCCAAAAAAUUUGACGGAAAACUUCAAGAAUCCGUUAUGACAAUUUCAAAAGAAAUAGAUAAGGCACUUGAGAAAAAGCUGAAAGCAGCUAAACGAGACCUCAUGCAAUGGAAAGCGUUUAACAAGGACGUUAAUUCAAAGAAUAAGAUUCGAGAGCUUCUUGUAAAAGUAAGGGAUGAAGUAACUACGCUGAAAGACCAAAAUGAUCAAAAGGAAGAUCCUGAUCAAUAUCUUAAUGAGUACAUUUUGAGACUCGAUUCUUACCUGAAACAGCUAGUCUUGUUAACCACACCUAAUGAUUUUGGAAGAGUGCCAGAUGAAACAAAAGAUGCAUCCAAGACAGGAAACACUGAUCUCAAGAAACCAAUUCGCCAACUCCAGCAAGCACUUACCCAAGUUAAAUACUCAGAAAAAGGAAUUAGCAAGAUGACCAAAAAAUUACAGAGUACAGCCAAUCUUGCCGCGGAAAAGAAUGAUGUCGCCAAUAAGUCAUCAAAGACAGCAUCCAAACAACAAGCAGUAGAGGAGGAUAGUGAAAGUGAUUCCGAUAGUAGUGACGAAUCUGUUGUCACAGUAGAUUCGAACGGAGAUUCAACGUCAAAAGUAGAAAAAAUCAUUAAGGGAAUUGAAAAAAUUACCGAAGAUAACAAAUAUGCGGUAAACGUUCAAAGAAAGAUUCAAGAGUUAGAGAAGAAAUACAUUUCGAAAAUACAAGAACUCGAGGAAAAGGUAAAAUCUUACGAAGAAACAAAGAAGAAGCCUCUUCGCUCACAGUCAUUCCUAAAAUUGGCUCCGUCAGACUCUGUCGCGAAAGGGUUAACAGUGGAAAAUAUCAAAGUGCCAGCUUCUACAACCAAUGCAACUUCUGCAUCACAUGGCUCUAAUUUUGAUUUUGAUAAGGUGAAAACGCCACUAAGUACGUCUAACGUGACUACCAGUAACUCCACCACUAUCACGUUUCCUUCCAAUAAUCCAAUUUCUCCUUCUCCAACCCCUCAAGUUACAACGACUCCUAAUCCAAUAAUCAGCGAAACAGUUAAGGGAGGACAAGAAGCAGCCAAGAACAAUUCAAGUGAGGUCCAAAAUAAUUCCAUUUCUCCAACUCUAAACAAUGUUGUUCUCCAACAAAGUCUUGAUUCGACAAAAAAAGCCAAUGUGGACAUAACACCAACCAUAUAUAGAGUACCACAGCCGGUAGAUUAUGAAAGUUUUGGUGUCAUCCCAUCAAAGGAUCCAUUAAUUACCAAUACCUCUUAUGCUUUCAUUCCUUCUCCUUUGACGUCCAUUAAAAUUCAAAGCUCGAAUGGCCAGGUGACAGAUGAAACAAACAAGAUGACGAACAAUCCUCUUGUUUCACAACUAUCUGGAGCUAGUUCAGUAACAAAUCGAGAUAACAUGUCCAUGGGCAAUGGCAAUAUGGACGGAGAAUUUAAUCCAAAUAUGUCACAUUCUACCGAUCCAGAAGAUCUAAAAGAAUGCAUUCAAACUCAAACCAUACAAACUCCAAAUCUACCUUCAAGUACUGUACGAAGAAAAACCUCUGAUGAGGAUGUUGUAAAACCUUCCACACCACCACCUCCAACACAUCCUCCAUUGUCUCCUAACCCCUCUACAAAGAAGCUCAAAACAAAACGAGAAAAGAAGAAAUAUGAGCCACCUGAAGUCAAGGAAGAACCAAGCGUUUUUCCCAAUGAAUAUGGCAUUACAGCCGAAAGUGUAGCCAUGCUACCUUUGAUAACAUCACUCAUUCUAGAUGAUCCUACUAUUGUGCAACAAAUUCAAAAACACCAACAAUCAAAGAAGAAGGAAAAAUCAUCUCUUCCAUAUUUGUAG